AUGUCGCGGAGCCUGUCCCGCUCCGAGCACUCGCUGCUGUCGCCGCGCCCCGCCGGCCCCGCCAAGCCGCCCCCCGCCGGGAAGCCGAGCCGCAUCCCCCGCGGGCCCUACGCCGAGGUGAAGCCCCUCAGCAAGGCCCCCGAGGCGGGCGGCGGUGGCGGCGGCGGCGGCGGCGGCAAGUGCGACGACGAGCUGCUGGGCGGGAAGGGGCCGGCGGUGGCGGCGGGCACCGAGGAGAAGCCGUACCUGAAGGUGGACCCCGAGCUGGUGGUGACGGUGCUGGGCGACCUGGAGCAGCUGCUCUUCAGCCAGAUGCUGGACCCUGAGUCCCAGAGGAAGAGGACAGUGCAGAAUGUGCUGGACCUUCGGCAGAACCUGGAGGAGACCAUGUCCAGCCUGAGGGGCUCUCAGGUGUCUCACAGCUCCCUGGAGAUGACCUGCUAUGACAGCGAUGAAGCCAACCCCCGGAGCGUCUCCAGCCUCUCCAACCGCUCCUCCCCGCUGUCCUGGCGCUACGGGCAGUCGAGCCCGCGCCUGCAGGCGGGGGACGCGCCGUCGGUGGGGGGCACGUGCCGCUCCGAGGGCACCCCCAGCUGGUACAUGCACGGCGAGCGGGCGCACUACUCGCACACCAUGCCCAUGCGCAGCCCCAGCAAGCUGAGCCACAUUUCCCGCCUGGAGCUGGUUGAGGCACUGGACACCGACGACGUGGAGCUGAAGUCGGGGUACAUGAGCGACAGCGAUCUCAUGGGGAAGACGCUGACGGAGGAUGACGACAUCACCACGGGCUGGGAUGAGAGCAGCUCCAUCAGCAGCGGCCUCAGCGAUGCCUCUGACAACCUCAGCUCGGAGGAGUUCAACGCCAGCUCCUCGCUCAACUCCCUGCCCUCCACCCCCACUGCCUCUCGCAGGAACUCGGCCAUAGCGCUGCGCACGGACUCGGAGAAGCGCUCGCUGGUGGAGAGUGGGCUGAGCUGGUACGGUGAGGGUGAGGAGAAGGCGCCCAAGAAGCUGGACUACGACAGCAGCAGCCUCAAGAUGGAGCAUGGCUCCUCCAAGUGGCGGCGGGAGCCCUCGGAUGGCGGCGAGGAGGGGCCCAAGGGCGGCGAGCUGAAGAAGCCUGUCAGUCUGGGCACCCCGGGCUCCCUCAAGAAGGGCAAGACCCCUCCGGUGGCCGUGACCUCCCCCAUCACCCACACGGCCCAGAGCACUCUCAAAGUGGCAGGCAAGCCUGAGACCAAAGCCACUGACAAGAGCAAGCUGUCUGUGAAGAGCACGGGCCUGCAGCGCUCCUCCUCCGAUGCCGGCCGUGACCGCACCGCUGAUGCCAAGAAGCCCCCGUCGGGGCUCACGCGCCCCUCGUCCUCCAGCUCCUUUGGCUACAAGAAACCAGCCCCUGCCACCGGCACGGCCACCGUCAUGCAGGCUGGGGGCUCGGCCACGCUCGGCAAGAUCCAGAAGAGCUCCGGCAUCCCCGUCAAGCCAGUCAGCGGGAGGAAAACAAGCCUGGAUGUCUCCAACGCGGCUGAGCCCGGGUUUAUGGCCCCAGGGGCUCGCACCAACAUCCAGUACCGCAGCCUGCCCCGGCCCGCCAAGUCCAGCUCCAUGAGCGUGACCGGGGGCCGCAGCGCAGCCCGGCCCGUCAGCAGCAGCAUAGACCCCAGCCUGCUGAGCACCAAGCAGGGUGGCAUCUCGGUGUCACGGCUCAAGGAGCCCUCCAAGAUCAGUGCCGGCCGUGGGACACCGGCCCCUGUGAACCAGACAGACCGCGAGAAGGAGAAGGCCAAGGCCAAGGCGGUGGCACUUGACUCUGAGUGCGGGACACUGAAGAGUGUCAGCUCACCUGAGAGCACCCCGAAAGCCCAGGCCAACCUCCCACCGGCAGCCAAGGUGUCUGAGCUGCCCCCCACACCUCUCAGAACGGCUGCCAAGACCUACGUGAAGCCUCCCACCCUAGCCAACUUGGACAAAGUCAACUCCAACAGCCUGGACUUGUCCUCCUCCGGCGAGCUGCACCCCCCUCACACUGCCAAGCUCCAGGACCUGCACCCGGCCGGCGGGCACCUGGCACCCUGCUUCAGCCCCAGCCCUGCCCCCAUCCUCAACAUCAACUCGGCCAGCUUCUCCCAGGGCCUGGAGCUCAUGGGCGGCUUCAGCGUCCCCAAGGAGGGCAGGAUGUACCCCAAGCUCUCUGGCCUGCACCGCAGCAUGGAGUCCCUGCAGAUGCCCAUGAGCCUGCCCAGUGCCUUUUCAGGGGGCAGCACCACCACCCCCACCCCUGCUGCUGCACCCGCUGCCAGCACAGAGGAGGAGGAGGAGGAGGAAGAGGCAGGGGAGCUGGGCUGGAGUGGAAGCCCCCGGCUCACACAUCUGGACAGUGCCAACCGCGACAGGAACACCCUGCCCAAGAAAGGGUUGAGGUACCAGCUCCACUCCCAGGAGGAGGCCAAGGAGCGACGCCACUCGCACGCCAUCAGUGGGCUCCCAGAGUCGGACGAGCAGCAGGACCUGCCCUCGCCCCCUGCCCUCCCCAUGGCGCUGGUUGGGAAGGGUCCACUCACCAGCAUCGUGAGCCCCACUGCCACCGCAGCCCCGCGGAUCACCCGCUCCAACAGCAUCCCCACCCACGACUCCACCUUCGAGCUGUACAGCACCUCCCAGAUGGGCAGCACCCUCUCCCUGGCCGACAAGCCCAAGGGCAUGAUCCGCUCGGGCUCUUUCCGGGACCCUGUGGACGAUGUUCACGGAUCGGUGCUGUCCCUGGCCUCCAGCGCAUCCUCCACCUACUCCUCCGCUGAGGAGAAGAUGCAGUCUGAGCAAAUCCGGAAGCUGCGCCGUGAGCUGGAGUCGUCGCAGGAGAAGGUGGCCACGCUGACGUCCCAGCUGUCUGCCAAUGCCAACCUGGUCGCAGCCUUUGAGCAGAGCCUGGUGAGCAUGACAUCCCGCCUGCGGCACCUGGCCGAAACUGCCGAGGAGAAGGACACGGAGCUGCUGGACCUGCGAGAGACCAUUGACUUCCUGAAGAAAAAGAACUCAGAGGCCCAAGCUGUGAUCCAGGGUGCCCUGAAUGGCACUGAUGUCACCCCCAAAGAGCUGCGCAUCAAGCGACAGAACUCCUCCGACAGCAUCUCCAGUCUCAACAGCAUCACCAGCCACUCCAGCAUCGGCAGCAGCAAGGACGCCGACGCCAAGAAGAAGAAGAAGAAGAGCUGGCUACGCAGCUCCUUCAACAAGGCUUUCAGUAUCAAAAAGGGCCCCAAAUCAGCCUCAUCCUACUCGGACAUCGAGGAGAUCGCCACGCCUGACUCCUCAGCCCCCUCCUCCCCCAAGCUGCAGCACGGCUCCACAGAGACUGCCUCACCCUCCAUCAAAUCCUCCACCUCCUCUUCCGUGGGCAUCGACACAGCUGAGCUCUUCCAGGCCCACAACGAGGGCGAGCCAGAGAAGAAGGAGGUGUCUGAGCUGCGGUCAGAGCUGUGGGAGAAGGAGAUGAAGCUGACAGACAUCCGCCUGGAAGCCCUUAACUCGGCCCACCAGCUGGAGCAGCUGCGGGAGACCAUGCACAACAUGCAGCUGGAGGUGGAUCUCCUGAAGGCCGAGAACGACCGUCUCAAGGUGGCCCCGGGGCCCUCGGCAGUGCCAGGCUCUGUUCCCAGCCACAUCACGAGCACAUCGGCCUCCUCUUCACCGCGGCGCUCCCUGGGCCUCACCCUUGGCCAUGCCUUCAGCCCCAGCCUGGGGGAUGCAGAUGUGUCCCCAAUGGACGCUGUCAGCGCUGGCGCCCAGAAGGACGAGCUGACGCUGCGGAUUGUGGUGCGCAUGCCGCCCCAGCACAUCAUCAAGGGGGACCUCAAGCAGCAGGAGUUUUUCCUGGGCUGGACCAAGGUGAGCGGGAAGGUGGACUGGAAGAUGCUGGAUGAGGCUGUCUGCCAGGUCUUCAAGGAUUACAUCACCAAGAUGGAUCCUGCAUCCACGCUGGGGCUCAGCACCGAGUCUGUCUACGGUUACAGCAUCAGCCACAUCAAGCGGGUGCUGGACGCAGAGCCACCAGAGCUGCCGCUGUGCCGCCGGGGCCUGACCAGCAUCGUGGUGACCCUCAAAGGCUUGAAGGAGAAGUGUGUGGACAGCCUGGUGUUCGAGACACUCAUCCCCAAGCCCAUGAUGCAGCACUACAUCAGCCUCCUGCUGAAGCACCGCCGCCUCAUCCUCUCGGGGCCCAGUGGCACCGGCAAGACCUACCUGACCAACCGCCUGGCUGAGUACCUGGUGGAGCGCUCGGGUCGGGACGUCACCGAGGGCAUCGUCAGCACCUUCAACAUGCACCAGCAGUCCUGCAAGGACCUGCAGCUGUACCUGUCCAACCUGGCCAACCAGAUCGACCGGGAGACAGGCACGGCGGACGUGCCGCUGGUGAUCCUCCUGGAUGACCUCAGCGAGGCGGGCUCCAUCAGCGAGCUGGUCAACGGCGCGCUCACCUGCAAGUACCACAAAUGCCCGUACAUCAUCGGGACCACCAACCAGCCCGUGAAGAUGACCCCCAACCACGGCCUCCAUCUCAGCUUCAGGAUGCUGACCUUCUCCAACAAUGUGGAGCCAGCCAACGGCUUCCUGGUGCGCUACCUGCGGCGGAAGCUGCUGGAGUCGGACACAGACAUCAAUGCCAACAAGGAGGAGCUGCUGCGGGUGCUGGACUGGGUGCCCAAGCUCUGGUACCACUUGCACACCUUCCUGGAGAAACACAGCACAUCUGACUUCCUCAUUGGUCCCUGCUUCUUUCUGUCCUGCCCCAUUGGAAUUGAGGAUUUCCGGACCUGGUUCAUCGACCUGUGGAACAACUCCAUCAUCCCUUACCUGCAGGAGGGGGCGAAAGAUGGGCUCAAGGUCCACGGGCAGAAGGCGGCCUGGGAGGACCCCGUGGAGUGGGUGCGGGACACUCUGCCCUGGCCGUCAGCGCAGCAGGACCAGUCUAAGCUGUACCACCUGCCCCCACCCACCAUCGGGCCCCACAGCGCUGUGUCCCCCCCCGAGGAGCGCAGUGGCAAGGACACAACGCCCAGCUCCCUGGACUCAGACCCACUGAUGGCCAUGCUGCUCAAGCUCCAGGAAGCCGCCAACUACAUCGAGUCUCCAGACCGUGAGACCAUGGUGGACCCCGACCUGCAGUCGACUCUGUGAGGCCCGGACAUGCCAGCCCAGGCAGAGGGGAGCUGCCAGCCACCGCUCCUGCUGGGCUGCUCUUCUUUCCCUUUGGCAUCCAGGAGCGCGGGGCUGGCGAGCGAGCAGAGAGGAGCAGGGCUCCGGCGUGUCCUGGCGGAGCGUGGGGAAACUCGGCUCAUCCACAGGGAGAGCGCGAGGUGCCAUCUCCCCUCCCGACUCUGGGGGUAGGAGAAUCCUGGUUUCUCUUCUUGGGUUUUUUUUUUUUCCUGUCUCUAUUAUAAACUCUUGGGCUUUGGGACCAGGGCGACCUCUGCGGCCAUGCCCCUGCCCCUGGGAGCUGCAGGAAGGCCCCUGCGUGGGGCAGGGACCCCGCGGGAGCCGCCUGGGCUGAAGCUGGGGUGGGGGGCACAGGAGGAGCGUGUGGCUGCAGGAUGAGAGCACAGGCACGAGGGGCUUGGCUCUCUCUGCACCCACCGGGCAAAGCCGAGGGAGCUGCCGGUGUGGGAGCUC